CUCGCUCCUAACCAACCGCGUUCGCCCGCCUGCUCCCAAGGCCGCGCGCCGUGACUUGCGUUUCAGACGGCUGUGGUUCGUUUGACGUGCCCCCACUCCAGACAGUUGAUGGGCGGUGUCUCUGCCGGCCGGGCGCUGUUAUAUUUGUUACGCGCGACGCGCAGCAGAAGUUAGGAGGAAACGUGUUUUUUUGCUCUGCCUGUUGACUGAAUUACAUAUCCUCUUAUUGCUCUACAACAUGGCAACUAUUACAGUGUAUCCAGAAUACGGCUACUGCGUUCUAGUAGUCGUUGCUUCGGUGUUUUUGCUCAUGUGGAAAUCUGUAAAGGUUGGACAGGCUCGUAAGAAGUACAAGAUCCAGUACCCAACAAUGUACAGUCCAGACAACAAGCAGUUCAACUGCAUACAGAGAGCUCACCAAAACACGCUGGAGCAGUACCCCAUGAUCAUCGCACUGAUGCUGCUGGGAGGUCUCGAGUGGCCACGCGCGUGUGCUUUGGGUGGAGUGGUGUGGUUGGUCGGACGCUUUGUGUACGCCCAAGGAUACUACACUGGAGAUCCCGACAAACGUUUGAGGGGUUCCUUUGCAUAUUUUGGUCUUCUUGUGUUUUUGGUUGCCUCGGCAAAACUUGGAUUGCGGUUGAGCAAUCUGAUAUAACUUAUUUAAAACAUAUCUAUUGGUAAAGUCGCCGACAAUCUCCUUUCACAUUCCUGGAAAAGUGGUGUUAAACUCUUGUACAAGGCUUCAUUAGCCUCAUAAAAAUUUCCAUGUAUUCCUUAAUCAGUAUUUCAUGAAUUGUGUACUUAAUUUACUUUGUAAAAGAGAAGUGCACAAAUGCAAAUCAGUAAAGUGAAUGAAUGUAAAUUAGGUUAAGGAGAAGUUAAAAUGAAAAAAGGGAAUUAAGUUGUAUUUUGUACAUAUUGUUUCUAUAAAAUAUUGAAAUAAAAUUUACAAAAACAACGUAUUUUAAUAUUUAUU